AUGCAAAAUUCAUUGAUUCUAUGUGCAUCCAUUCUUGGUUGCGUUCUCCUAUUCAACAGCUAUACAUCAGGUCAACAAUUCACUUUUCCCAUUGAAGCAUGUGCAACCGGUGUGGCUACUGGAAACUACUGGUCAUGUGCUGGUCAAUUGGCAUUUAACAUUUGGAAAGUGCACAACUGGGGAGCCAAUACGCCUAUUACUAUUUGUGGGCUUCCAUGUACGGGAAAUUUGAAAGGACGUAUUUCGAAACUUCGAUGGGUAUGGGAUGCACGCUUUCGAUGUGAUUCAAAUGCACCAGGCAUUGCCGGUAAGAGUUCAAAAAAGAGCCGAAAUGGUGCAAUGGAAUGGGCAAUCAAAGAUUUUCUUAAUCAAGCAUUGUCAUCUGGUAGACUCAAAUCUACAGAUUUGCGAUGCUAA